UCUCCUCCCAUCCCGUGCUCUCUGUAUUCCUAAUUUUGCCACCAGAGCCCAAGCUCACAUGUCGGUUACUUCCUGGCGGAGAAGCACUGUUAAUGCAGGGUCCGCGAGACUCGCCGGCUGGGAGGACAGAGAACCUGCUCUAUGUUUACCCAUAGAACAGUUACAAGAAGCGAGUCAGUUGACCCUAACGGUCAGGAAUAUCUUGGGGGAAUGUUAGAAAAUCUAGUUUGCAAGGCAACACCAAGGGCUUAGUGUGUGCGUGGUGUACACUGAAUGUCCCUCAGACUACAAGGCAUUAUGAGUUGCGGCUCACCCCGCUAACAACUGAUGCCGAGCCCGCUACAGCCGUGACAUUUUCUCUGUCAAGUGCAUACAUAUAUUUUUUGUUGACGUUAAAUCUCACUUGUCAAUGGCUUUUGCCCGCGGUGCAUAUUCGGAUAUGCGAAGACCACUGGCAUCCUGCCGAUGCGGGAUCUUGUCUUCGAUUCUGUCGGCUCUCCUCGUUCUAUCGGGCAAUUGUGAUCCCGCGGUACCUCCGGGUCUAGAGCAUCGUGGGAGUGUGGCGGCGCCCAGAGAAAGGAGGGCAGCAGAAGAGCCUUACUGGGCAUACUCGGGGAGCCACGGGCCUGGGAGCUGGGCGUCGUCCUACCCAGAGUGUGCUGAGAUGAAUCAGUCACCGGUGGACAUCUCCGACAAGGACGCCCGCGUCUCCAGCGAGUGCCAAGAACUGACGCUGGAAGGGUUUGAAGUGCCGUCCUCCAACAAGACCUCUAUGAAGAACACAGGCAAGACAGUUUCCAUCCUGCUGAAGAAUGACUACUUUGUGAGGGGGGCAGGACUGCCUGGUCGCUUCAAAGCCGAGAAGAUGGUUUUCCACUGGGGUGGCAGCAGCGGCUCGACGGGCUCUGAACACAGCAUCAACGGUCGCAAGUUCCCUGUGGAGUUGCAGAUUUACUUGUACAACCCUGACGACUUUGACAGCCUGAGCGCAGCCAUCCAGGAGAAGCGCACCAUCGCUGCUAUGUCUGUGUUCCUUCAGGUGGGAAGUAAGGACAAUGUGGCAGUGGAGCCCAUCAUCACCGGCCUGAAGCGAGUGGUCCAUCACGAAAAGGAGACGUUCCUUGGGUCGUUCAUACUCCAAGAGCUGCUGCCGUCGUCGCUGGGCAGCUACUACCGCUACAUGGGCUCCCUCACCACACCUCCGUGCAGCCGGGUGGUGGAGUGGAUCGUCUUCAGCCAGCCCGUGUUCCUGUCGCACCAGCAGCUGGAGGCCUUCUACUCCAUCUUCACCACGGAGCAGCAGGACCACGUAAAGUCGGUGGAGUACCUCAGGAAUAACCACCGGCCCACGCAGGCCAUGGACAACCGGGAGGUUUUCAAGUCGGCUGUGAAGGACGCCUGGGCCUCAGACCCCAUGAUGGACAGCUACAGUGGGCCCUCUGGCACAGAGGCCUCCAAGGUGUGCAGUAGCACUCCGAGGAACAUGAAGGUGUACUCCCUGAACCAAACAGCCCUGGUGGUGCACUGGGAUCGGCCCGCCACUAUCUACCACCCACCCAUUGUCAGCUUCCUGGUAUCCUACAGCUGGGUAAAGGAUGACGUGGCCUAUGAGAAGACCUUCUUCACCAAGAAUGGGGACCAUAACACGAGGGCAGUCAUCACACAUGUGUCUUCAGACUUCCUCUAUCUAUUCCGGGUGCAAGCAGUGUGUCUGAAAGAUCUCCGUAGCGACUUCAGCAAAACAUUGCUCUUCAUAGAUAAUACCACCAGGAUGUUCGAAGGAUCCAGAAUAGUGAAAACUGGAAUGCCCACUGUCUCUCCAGCCUCCUCAGCAGACAUGGCCCCCAUCAGCUCAGGUUCCUCCACAUGGACCUCCUCUGGCCUCCCUUUCUCCUUUGUCUCCAUGGCGACCGGCAUCGGCUCUCCGUCCAGCGGAGGGCAGGCCACCGUGGCGUCUGUGGUGACCAGCACCCUACUAGCAGGCCUGGGCUUCAGUGGUGGGGUCAUAUCCUCCCUCCCAGGAUCCCUGUUUUCCACCCAGGCCCCACCGUCCAGCCCCUCCCCGACACGCCAGGCAGCUAAGGCCUCUUCGGAGACCGCGGCGUCUGACUCCAACGCCCUCCCAGCUGAGGGCAACGAGGUGCCAGCGCAGGACGAGCAGGAGGAGGAAGGUGACGAGGACGAGGACGAGGAGGGUGACGAGGAGAAAGGAGAAGAUGACAGGAAAGAGAAGAACGAAGCUGACGCAGAGCGGGACAAAACGAAGAGGAAACCCAGCAAGGGGAAAGAGACUGUCUCGCCUUUCCCGACCUCUCAAGAGCGAGAGCAGGGAGGGCCUGGAACUCAGGGCGACCCCUCACCAGCGCCCCCUGGUGGCCCAGAGGACCAGCUGGAGCAGGUUACCCUGAGCCCGCCGGUGGAGCACACCACACUCGCCAUGUGGGAGGAGGAGGAGGAGAACAGCACGGCCGAGAUGCAGCUCCCCAGCAGCCCGACCCGUACGCCCCAGCUCGUCAGCAGGGACCGCAACCACUGGCCCUUCCCUGUUCACACUGAUGGGAAUAGCCUCCUGAACGUGACCAGGAACCCUGUGUCCGUGUCGGGCAUGAUGGAGUGGAUCAUGCCCCUGAUGGUGGUGUCCGUGCUCACGCUCUUCUGCCUCAUUCUGCUGAUGACGGUGCUGGUGUACUGGAGGAGGUUUUUUCAGAGUGCUCAUUUCUUUGUGGAGGACAGCGGCUCCCCCCGCCUCGUCUCGAGCGACAGCUUCCCAGUUUUAUCUGUCCAAGAUGACCAGGAGGCUAUCUCUAUCAGCCAGUUCCUCAAACAUAUCAUGGAGCUCUACUCAAACAACCAGCGUGGCUUCACGGAGGAGUUUGAGGAGGUCCAUCAAUGCACAGCGGACAUGAAGCUGGUGUCAGAGCAUUCCAAUCACCUUGACAACAAGCACAAAAACCGAUACAUCAACAUUGUUGCCUAUGACCACAGCAGGGUGAAAUUACAACCUUUGCCUGGAAAGGAUUCCAAACACACUGACUACAUCAACGCCAACUAUAUAGACGGAUAUAAAAGAACAAAGGCCUACAUCGCAGCCCAGGGUCCCCUGAAGGCCACCUUUGAAGACUUCUGGAGAAUGAUCUGGGAGCAGAACACCAGGAUCAUCGUCAUGAUUACCAACCUGGUGGAGAAAGGCCGGAGAAAAUGUGACCAAUACUGGCCCAAUGAGAACAGUGAGGAGUAUGGGAACAUCGUGGUGACUCUGAAGAGCACUAAAGUGUGUGCCUGCUACACAAUCAGACAGUUUCUUAUACGAAACACUAAGGCUAAAAAGGGACAGAAAGGUCGGCCUCACGAGCGUGCAGUGGUGCAGUAUCAUUACACGCAGUGGCCUGAUAUGGGGGUUCCAGAGUACACCCUCCCCGUCCUCACCUUCAUCAGACGCUCCUCCAUUGCCUGCACCUCCCGCACGGGCCCCGUCCUGGUGCACUGCAGUGCCGGGGUUGGGCGAACUGGCACAUACAUCGUCAUUGAUAACAUGCUGAGGCAGAUGAGAGACAAGGGCACAGUUAAUGUCCAGGGGUUCCUCAAACACAUCCGCACCCAACGCAACUACCUAGUACAGACUGAGGAGCAGUACAUCUUCAUCCAUGACACCCUGAUGGAGGCCGUCUUGGCCACAGAGACAGAGGUGCCCAUGUGGCAGCUUCCUGCCUACGUCGGUGGCCUCCUCACACCAGACAUGAGCUACAGGUCCCAAAUGGAGAGGCAGUUUAAGCUGGUGAUGCAGUGUAAUGCUCAUUUUGUUGACUGCUUCAGUGCACAAAAGGACUACAACAAGGAGAAGAACCGCAACUCCUCUGUGGUGCCCUCGGAGCGGGCUCGCGUAGGACUGGCACCUCUCCCUGGCAUGAAGGGCACCGACUACAUCAAUGCCUCUUACAUCAUGGGUUAUCGUCGUAGCAAUGAGUUCAUCAUCACCCAGCAUCCUUUACCCCACACAACUAUGGACUUCUGGAGGAUGAUCUGGGACCACAAUGCUCAAGUCAUUGUCAUGCUUCCAGACAACCAUGGCUUGACUGAAGAUGAGUUUGUUUACUGGCCCAGCCGGGAAGAGGCCAUGAACUGUAUGGUGUUCACCGUCACCCUUAUCAACAAAGACAGGCUGUGCCUUUCCAGUGGAGAGCAGAUCAUCAUUCAUGACUUCAUCCUGGAGGCUACACAGGAUGACUAUGUGCUGGAAGUGCGGCACUUCCAGUGUCCUAAAUGGCCUGACCUAAAUGCCCCCAUUAGCAGCACAUUGGAGCUGGUUAACAUGAUCAAAGAAGAGGCCCUUACUCGGGACGGACCUACUAUUGUCCAUGAUGAGUAUGGGGCGUUUUCUGCCGGCCUGCUCUGUGCACUCACCACGCUGUCUGAUCAGAUGGAGAGCGAGAAUGCUGUGGAUGUGUAUCAGGUGGCCAAAAUGAUCAACCUUAUGAGGCCAGGCGUCUUUACGGACAUUGAGCAGUAUCAGUACCUUUACAAAGCUAUGCUCAAUAUGGUCAGCUGCACAGAGAAUGGACUCUGGCCUAUAUAUGCAGAGAGGAAUGGCAUAGCAGUCAUCACAGACCACCCUGCAGUGAGCAUGGAAUCACUUGUGUGAACAACAAACAAGAAAAGCAUUUCUUGAGGCCUUUUUUUCUCCAGACUACUGGUCAAACAAAAAAAAACUAAACCCAGUGACUUUUUAUACAGAUUAUACAGAUGAAAGGAACUUUUUGAUAUUUAUUUUUGCUGCUUUUUUGUUAUCCUGCUGAUUGUCUGUAUCUGUUGUACUGUUCACGAAAACAAAAUGCAGCUCUGUCUAUUUUGCACUAUACUGUCAGUGUUACUGCCUAUACAUGGUCAAUUACAGACUGUGACGUCCCAAAACAUUGGAUGAGCUCUGUCUGCCUGUUCAUCUUUGGUGGUCACUGACUGAAAGGAGUCAGUGCGGUUGAGUUUGACAAGAACAAGGAUGACCAUCCUCCCUCAUCUCAAGCAGCCCUCAGCACAGCACAGCUUAGCAGCAGAGCACAGCGUCUACAGUAUGCUACCGAUCUGGCCCACCCGUGGGGAGUCCCAGCGUUUUAGUUCAAUGUUGUGUUUCGUCAUCUAAAUAGACUUUGAGAUAAAAUAUGAUCUGAUAUCAUCAGAAUGUACAUUUCUCACUUUCCAAACAGGGAGCCAAAACAGGCCCCUUAGGUUGGAUAAGUGUUUCUUUUGUCUUUCAUUUUAUUUUGAUAUUUAUUUGAAUAACAUGUUUCAUUUUAUAUCUAACUUAUACAUGUUUUUCUAAUUAGUAUUAUAACACAUAGUAUGGACUUUACUGUUUUAUGGCAAAAGUUCUGUUGUUUUGUAAAUAUAAAUAUAUUGAUCAUGUCUACCUGUAUUUUGUACAUUUCAGCUGUGCUCUGUUCCACUAUCAGUAAUAUAUUUGAUUGAAAAUCGUGGCCUGCACUAUUUUAUCCAUCUUUGUAGCUCUAUUCCAGUAGGUGGUGUUUGCCUAUAAAUUAUAUGAUAUACAUUUCAAAGACAACAUGAAAAGGUUUAUCGACAAUAAGGUCAACAAGUAUUGUGAAAAUGGUUCAACUUGAAAUUCAUUCAUCAUAUAUAUAUACAUAUAUAUUCAGUCUGAAAAUCCUUAUGAUAUAAACCAUUAAGAUGCACAAUGCAGUAAGGGCCUUUUCUCCCUCUUUUUCCAUAUGUCCUUGAUGUCCUUGAGCGUCAGUAGGCCUCCAGUUAGUGCCACCAUAUUUUCCAUGUAUCCAAGACAGUAAAGAUUAGUCCUUCAUACCAAAGAUAUGAUUGGCUGCUUUCCUUGAGAGUGAUUAACUCAAGAUUAUAUUGCAUUUAUGGUCAAGAAUUUUCAUGUAAUCUUAAAUUUGGUAAAAACAACACAUCUGCACACAGCACAUUCUGCAAACAUCAGAGAACAGAGUUCUUGAAAUUAAAUUGUGCCUACCAAAGUAUCUACUAGAAAAAGUAUGCCUUUUAUUUUGCUUAAAACCACACUGCACAGCAGAGGACACACCAUUGCAACACUGUUUUGAACCACAGAUUGUGAUGUUAAUCCUCUUCAUGAUUUUCAUGAUACUGGAAGUUGGAAGACUGCUGCCCUCUAAAGCCUAAAGCUGAUGCUGAGUCGAAUCAAUUGAGGAGCAGUGCAUUUCACUAGACAUUAUACCGAUUUUGAUUUCACACAAUGCCACAAAAACUGUUGUAGCUGUUGUUUCAAACCAGUGCAACAGAAAACCUGCCAAUCAAAAUGAAAAUGGUCAGAUACAGAACAGAUGAAGACAACUGAUCUUUUUAAGUUUAAUUAAAUAAUUUUAAAAUUCCUCCAGCUCUAUUGUGAUACAAAAGCGGAGUCAAACCUGAUAUAGGAAUCGCUGAACAGGUAGGCAUAACACAUAAUACAUAAAAGCAAACACCAUACCAAACAUCAUACAUACAUAAUUUGUUGGGUUGGUAAAUUGCAUUUGGCAUUGCAUUUAAUUUAAUAACACCCAUAAUGUUAAGCUGCCUAAUGUGCCUCUACUUCCGUGCUUAUCAAUAAACUGAUUCAAGUUCAGCAACAUUUCCUAUGAUUUACCUGAUACAUUUUUGAUCUCCUGCAGGUAAUUGCUGUGUUUAUUUCUUUUUGUUUGGUUUGACCCUUUAUUUGGCUCAUCACCCAUAUACCAUGAUUAGUUUGGGUCAUUGGUAUAAUACCGCCUUUACAUUAGGCCACAAGGCAAACUACUUUAAAAAAAGCUGCUGUGUGGGAGAGGCUACCUAUAUGGAUUUAUUAUGUGAACAAAGUGGAGUGCUUCGUUCUAGCCUGUGGUCAUUACACACCAAGAGAGUCACCUAUCUUUAAUUUUACAAUAAAAAGUGCAUGCCCAGUAAAA